AUGAAUCCGCUAGCAAAUGCUGUUGCGCAGGGGCCCCCAACUUGGACCCCUGCAGCUCCAAUCCCCCUCCGGCCUCCAGCUCCCAGCGGUGGCGUAAUGCCUUCGGCACCUCCGCCGAUGGGGGAGGGCCCCCCAGCUGUGCCUCCAACCCCGGGGUGUCCUGUUAGGGCCCCUCAGACGGGGUUCAAAGGGGGCCCCCCUGUGGAGGCCCCUGCCGGCGGACUGCGUGCUACGCCCCGCGAGGGCAAAGCAGCGCGGCAGCGGGUGUCUUCCCACGGCUUGCCUCCCGCUAAGCGUAAGCGGGGGGGCUGCAAGCAAAGCAGCAACACCAGAAGCGUAGGACAGCAGCAGCAACAACAACAGCAACGCCGUCAAGUGGCGUGUGUGACGAGUGCAGAGCUGGGGAGGCGAGGCCGGGAUCGGCUGCUGUUAGACUAUGCGCAGCAUUUUGUCGACACGGGGGAGCGACCUCAGAACUUUAUUCGAGAUGUAGAGCCCGAAAAGAGGUUUAACGCGUAUUUCAGGCUCAAGGAGCUCAUGGAAUUGAAGCGUCAGGUUAUUAGAGCUAGGGCAACUCCAGCCCAGUGCAUUCGAGCCGACUUGCGGACCUUUGAUUGGGCUACUUUGCCGUGUCAGUUCGACGUGAUUCUUGUGGAUCCUCCAUGGGCGGAGUAUGCGGAACGGUCUGUGGGUGCCCAGCGUCCUACGGAAGACUUGAGGCCUUGGACCGUUCAAGAUAUCAUGGCGCUGCCGAUUGAGCAGAUCGCAGAGUCACAGUCUUUUUGUUUUUUGUGGUGUGGCGUAAAGCAUCUUGAAGAGGCUCGAGACGUCCUCUCCAAAUGGGGCUUUCGCCGCUGCGAGGAUAUCUGCUGGGUGAAGAGCAAUAAGGGGGCAGCACUGCGUCUGGAGGCUCAGAAGUCCCCUGCUCCGCACGCCGUCCUGCGUGAUGAGUCUUCGUUCCUGCAGAGGACCACGGAGCACUGCCUUGUCGGCAUAAAGGGCCUUGUCAGGAGAUCUCAGGACGGGCACUUGAUUCACGCAAAUCUGGAUGCUGACGUGAUCGUUUCGGAGGAGCCUCAGGAUUUGUUUUCCACGGAAAAGCCCGCAGAGCUUUACGACAUCAUCGAGAGAUUUUGCUUGGGGCGCCGAAGGUUGGAGCUCUUUGGCUUGCAGCGCAACGUCCGAGACGGUUGGCUCACCAUUGGAUCAGCCAUCAGGGAAACAAAUUUUUCUGCACAGCUCUACGCCUCCUGGUUCGCUGGAGACACCUCCUACCCUGAAGCCCAAACCUAUCAAGGGGGCCGCCUGCUGGGGUCCACUGAGGAAAUCGAGUCUCUGAGGCCGAAGUCUCCCCCUAGGGAGAUCAGGCCUACACAGCAACAACAGCAGUAG